GGGUUCUGAAUGCGCGCCAAGACAUCAGCUCAUGCACUGCUCAAAACGACAGGUUAUCGCAGAACCUGCACAUGGUCGGCAUAUAAGCAUAAUCUCCAUAGCACCAAUCAGCACUUUUGGAUGAGCGUAAUAUUCAACACUCACCUCACUAAUUAUAUUGUCCUUGGGGAAUAUUUCUCGCAGUGUAUUAGGGUCUGCUGAUUCAAUUUAGUUUAAUGCUCAUUUAGUGCGAGUCUUAGAAAAGCCUGUGGCGACCAUUAAUUGCGUAUAUUUUGUUGCGAUUACGAUCUUAUGAUCUUUAUGAUUGCGGUUCAAGUUCAUAAUCGUAUUAAUAGAGGAAAAAUUCCAGCUUCCUUUUUAUAUCCGAAUUCCAGCUGAUUUCAUGUUCACUUUCCGCAUUUCCUUUUGGCAAACUUUUCUGCUUUUAACGACUAGUGUUGCAAAAGAACGGAAAACAGUGCUCAAGCGCAGCCAAGUUCACAACAAUUUGACUUUUCCAGGAAUUUCGCUCACGGCCCAUGCUAGGCAUUUUCUUCAUUUGUAACUUUGAAAAUACAGUGUAAUCCUCCUCUAUUAUGUCGCUUUCGAACUUCAAUCUGCAGUCCAAGGUGCUGCUGCACCCUCUGGUGCUGUUCCAGAUCAUCGAUGCCUACGAGCGUCGCGCCAAAGACGUCCCAGAGGUGCUGGGAACUUUGUUGGGCACCGUCGCGGGCAAAACAGGCCGCAUAGAGAUCACCAACUGCUUCAGCGUGGUGCACCGCAUGCACGGGGACAACAACUGCCACAUUGACCUGGAUCUGAAGUACGACAACGAUAUGCUGGAGCUGGCGCAGAUCGCCUAUCCGCAGGAGAAGGUUUUGGGCUGGUUCAGCACCGGCAAGGCCGUCUCGGCCGCAGCUGUGGAGCUGCACGAAUACUACGAGCGUCAGUGCCACAGCGGGCAGCCGCUGCAUCUGCUGAUGGACACCUCGCUGCGGGGCCAGCGCAUGAACACGCGCAUCUUCUGUGCCGUGGCGACGGGCGUGCCCGGUGGCACCAAGGGCCUGAUGUUCUCGCUGCUGCCGAUGGAUAUCUACUUCGGAUCGCCGGAUAUUGUGGCCAUGCGCCACAUGGGGAGGCAGUGCGCACAGCCGACCAAGGAUGCGGGCCGCCUAUUGCCAGAACUCGAGCAAGUGGUGGACGCCACCAAGGACAUCCAGCAGAAGCUCGAUCUGGUGCUGCGCUAUAUCAACGACAUCCUCAACCGCAAGCGUCGCCCCGACAACACCGUGGGCCGUGCCCUGCACGAUGUUUUGACCUCGGUGCCGAUGGUGGAGGCGGAGCGCUUCCGUCACAUGUUCAACACCAACAUGCGCGACCUCCUCAUGUCGCUGACACUCUCCUCGAUGAUCAAGACCCAGCUGCAGCUCAGCGAACGUCUAUCCAAUAUGGUGGAUGCUUAGGCUCUGAAAAUCCGAUCUCAAUUAAUCAAUAAAGCGCCGUUUUUCGGGGAGGGCUAUCCCGGCCGACACGUACUGCACUGCCAGCGAUAA